UCCAUCCACAACUUUCUCUUGUGUUAUUUCUUGUGCUUUCUUUUCAAACACCACCAUGGUGGUUCAAUCCAAUCUUUCGACGUUGAACCAUUGUUCAUCGAUCGAAACACGUAAACCCGCCACCGUUCUCGACUCCAUACCGUCGAUAAACUUGAAAGACCCCGAAUCGAAAACUCACAUAAUGAAAGCUUGUGAAGAAUAUGGGUUCUUCAAGGUGGUGAAUCACAGUGUUCCAAUGGAGUUUAUAGCUAAAUUGGAAGCUCAAGCUUUGGAGUUUUUUAAUCUUCCUCAAUCCGAAAAAGAUAAAGCUGGUCCACCAGAUCCUUUUGGUUAUGGUAGCAAAAGGAUUGGAAGCAAUGGUGAUGUUGGUUGGAUUGAAUAUCUUCUUCUCAAUACCAAUCCUCAAGUCACUUCUCUUAAAACCCUCACUGUUUUCCGGGAAACCCCAGAAAUUUUCUGGUCAGCUGUAAAGGAGUAUAUUGAAGCAGUGAAGCUAAUGGCAUGUGAAGUAUUGGAACUAAUAGCAGAUGGUCUGAAAAUUGAACCAAGGGAUACAUUGAGCAAGCUGUUAAAGGAUGAGAAUAGUGAUUCAUGCUUUAGGCUAAACCAUUAUCCACCAUGCCCUGAAUUACAGGCAUUGAGUGGCAGAGAUUUGGUUGGGUUUGGGGAACACACUGACCCUCAAAUAAUCUCUGUCUUAAGAUCCAACAGCACAUCUGGUUUGCAAAUUUGUCUGAAAGAUGGGGUUUGGGUUUCUGUCCCACCUGAUGAAACUUCCUUUUUCAUCAACGUUGGUGAUGCUUUGCAGGUGAUGACAAAUGGGAGGUUCAAAAGUGUGAGGCAUAGAGUAUUGGCAAAUUCACACAGAUCAAGGGUUUCAAUGAUAUAUUUUGGAGGACCACCUUUAAGUGAAAAGAUAGUACCUUUAACUUCACUAAUGGGAAAACAAGAAGAAAGCUUAUACAAAGAGUUCACAUGGUGGGAAUACAAGACUUCAGCAUAUAAGUCAAGGUUGGCUGACUAUAGGCUUGGGUUGUUUGAGAAAAAAACACACCAAGUGCAAGCCAUUGAAUGAACCCCCCGUUUUUUCUUAGCUUUAAAA